AUAUCUCUUCACCGAGACAACGCAAGACCGCCGGUGUCGCCGUCGCCGUCGUCGUCGUCUCCACUCGCGUGCGCCUCUCAAUCUCACCGUGCCUUCGACGCCGGCUCUCCCUAUCUCUCCUUCCUAUCCGUGCUGCUUGCCCCCACCCACCACGCUCUCCACCGGCGCUGCUGCGCGCACGAGCGAGCGACAAUGAUGGUGAGACGACGCGGCUGCUGCGCACCGUCCGCCGUCGUCCUCGGCAUGGCCGCCGCGGCCGGCCUCCUCCUCCUCCUCGCCUGCGGCAGCGACGCGGCGCCGCAGGGGGCGCUCGUGACGAGCGUCCCAGGCUUCGACGGCGGCGCCCUCCCGUCCAAGCACUACGCCGGGUACGUGACGGUGGACGAGCAGCACGGGCGGAGCCUGUUCUACUACCUGGUGGAGUCGGAGCGCGACCCGGUGAAGGACCCCGUCGUGCUGUGGCUCAACGGCGGGCCCGGCUGCUCCAGCUUCGACGGCUUCGUCUACGAGCACGGACCAUUCAACUUUGAGUCAGGGGGGUCAGCUGGGAGCCUACCAAAGCUCCAUCUCAAUCCCUAUAGCUGGUCCAAGGUAUCAAGUGUGAUAUACUUGGACUCCCCUGCUGGUGUGGGGCUGUCAUACUCAAAGAAUACUUCAGAUUAUGUUACUGGUGAUCUCAAGACUGCUGCAGAUUCACAUAAUUUUCUUCUGAAGUGGUUUCAGCUGUACCCUGAGUUCCAGAGCAAUCCAUUUUACAUAACUGGGGAGUCAUAUGCUGGGGUUUAUGUUCCUACUCUUUCACAUGAAGUUGUCAAAGGAAUACACGAUGGAGUGAAGCCAGCAAUAAACUUCAAGGGCUACAUGGUCGGAAAUGGUGUUUGCGACACUGUUUUUGAUGGUAAUGCACUUGUGCCAUUUGCCCAUGGAAUGGGACUGAUUUCAGAUGAUAUAUACCAGGAAGCAAGUACUGCAUGCCAUGGAAAUUACUGGAAUGCUACCAGUGCUAAAUGCGAAACAGCAGUGUCAAAAGUUGAUACGUUAAUCAGUGGCCUAAACAUCUAUGACAUUCUUGAGCCAUGCUACCACAGCACAGGCGUCAAAGAAUUGAUCCCAGCAAACAGCAGACUGCCUAAAAGCUUCCAGCAUCUUGGUACCACUGACAAGCCUCUUCCUGUAAGAACCAGGAUGCUUGGGCGUGCUUGGCCUCUGAGAGCUCCUGUCAGAGAGGGGCGUGUGCCAUCCUGGCAGGAGCUUGCCAGUGGAGUUCCUUGCAUGAGUGAUGAAGUUGCAACAGCAUGGCUGAACAACGACGACGUCAGAGCAGCAAUCCAUGCCCAACCAGUAAGUGCAAUCGGCUCAUGGGUUAUAUGCACGGGUGUAUUGGAUUUCCACCAUGAUGCUGGAAGUAUGAUUAGUUACCACAAGAAUCUUACAGGCCAAGGUUACCGUGCUUUCAUAUACAGUGGGGAUCAUGAUAUGUGUGUACCUUAUACCGGGAGUGAAGCAUGGACCAAAUCUUUGGGCUAUGGAGUUGUUGACUCAUGGAGACCGUGGCACUUCAAUGGCCAAGUUUCUGGGUACACCCAAGGAUAUGAACAUGGUCUCACCUUUGCUACCAUUAAGGGUGCUGGACACACUGUUCCUGAAUACAAACCACAAGAAUCAUUGGCUUUCUAUAGCCGUUGGCUUGCUGGUUCUAAAUUGUAAAUGCUUGUGAAUCCAAGCUCCAAUAAUGGGAAGCAUACUUCUCCAUACAGCCAUGAAUCAAACAAAGGUUGUUGAUACAAAAAGAAGACAAACUACACACCAAAUUAGACAGCCACAUUCAUUUCAAAAUAGCUGAUGCCAACCACAUGUUGUAUAUUCUUUUAUGCAAACAAUAGAUCUUUCAGCUUGAUUUGUGGAAGCUUAGUGCUGUAACUUAAAAUUGUCAAUCCUUUUUUCUGAUGUUUCAGAUUCCCAA